GCUGGAGCCGGGCCUCGGGGCGCGCCCCGGCCGCCGUCCCCACCUCCGCCUCCUCCUUCUCCUCCUCCGUCUCCUCCUCCUCCUCCUCUUCCAGUCCCGCCGCCGCCGCAACCAACAUGGCUGCGCUACUGAGCCCGGGAGGCGGCCGCUGCUGAGCGCCGCUCGCCGCCCGGGCCCCCAGCCCGCCCAGGCCCCGGCCCAUGGCCCCCGCGGCCUCGCGGCCCCCGGCGCGCUAGGGCUGCCGCCACCGCUCGCCGCCCCGAGGCGCCCGGGGCCCGUCGCCACCCGCCUGCCUGCCCGCCCGCCUGCGCGCCCGCCGGCCUCCGGGAGUCCGGUAGCCGUCCGGCGGGGCGGGGCGGCCGCCACCAUGGAGCCCCAGCGCCGGGAGCUGCUCGCUCAGUGUCAGCAGAGCCUGGCCCAGGCCAUGACAGAGGUGGAGGCGGUGCUCGGGCUGCUCGAGGCCGCAGGAGCGCUGAGCCCCGGCGAGCGGCGGCAGCUGGACGAGGAGGCGGGAGGCGCUAAGGCGGAGCUGCUGCUCAAGCUGCUCCUGGCCAAGGAGCGGGACCACUUCCAGGACCUGCGGGCGGCGCUGGAGAAGACGCAGCCUCACCUGCUGCCCAUUCUCUACCUGAACGGCGUCGUCGGGCCGCCGCAGCCCGCCGAGGGCGCCGGCUCCACGUACAGUGUCUUGUCCAUCAUGCCCUCAGACUCGGAGAGCAGCAGCUCCCUCAGCAGUGUGGGCACCACUGGGAAGGCGCCGUCCCCACCGCCGCUGCUCACUGACCGGCAAGUGAAUGAGAAGGUGGAGAACCUCUCCAUUCAGCUGCGGCUGAUGACCCGGGAGAGGAAUGAGCUGCGGAAGCGCCUGGCCUUCGCCACCCACGGGACCACCUUCGACAAGAGGCCCUACCACAGGCUGAAUCCGGACUACGAGAGGCUGAAGAUCCAGUGUGUGCGGGCCAUGUCAGACCUGCAGAGCCUGCAGAACCAGCACACCAACGCCCUGAAGAGGUGCGAGGAGGUGGCCAAGGAGACCGACUUCUACCACACGCUCCACAGCCGGCUCCUGAGCGACCAGACCCAGCUGAAGGAUGAUGUGGACAUGCUGAGGCGGGAGAACGGACAGCUGCUACGGGAACGUAACCUGCUCCAGCAGUCGUGGGAGGACAUGAAGCGGCUCCACGAGGAGGACCAGAAGGAGAUCGGUGACCUCCGGGCCCAGCAGCAGCAGGUGUUGAAGCACAACGGGUCAUCAGAAAUUCUCAACAAGCUGUAUGACACGGCCAUGGACAAGCUGGAGGUGGUUAAGAAGGACUACGACGCCCUGCGGAAGAGGUAUAGCGAGAAAGUCGCCGUCCACAGCUCGGACCUGAGCCGCCUGGAGCAGCUAGAGGAGGAGAACCAGCGCCUUCUGAAGCAGACGGAGAUGCUGACCCAGCAGAGGGACACGGCCAUCCAGCUGCAGCACCAGUGCGCCCUCUCCCUGAGGAGGUUCGAGGCCAUCCACCACGAGCUGAACAAGGCCACGGCCCAGAACAAGGACCUGCAGUGGGAGAUGGAGCUGCUGCAGUCGGAGCUGACGGAGUUGAGGACCACACAGGCGAAAACCGCCAAGGAGUCAGAGAAGUACAAGGAGGAGCGGGAUGCGGUGUACAGCGAGUACAAGCUCAUCAUGAGUGAGCGCGACCAGGUCAUCUCCGAGCUGGACAAGCUGCAGACCGAGGUGGAGCUGGCCGAGUCCAAGCUCAAGAGCAGCACGUCUGAGAAGCAGGCGGCCAGCGAGGAGAUGGAGGCGCUGCGACAGAUCAAAGACACGGUGACAAUGGACGUGGGGAGAGCCAACAAGGAGGCUGAAAUCCUUCGAAAGCAGUGCAAGGCUCUGUGCCAGGAGCUGAAGGAAGCCCUCCAGGAGGCGGAUGUGGCCAAGUGCCGGCGGGACUGGGCCUUCCAGGAGCGGGACAAGAUCGUGGCGGAGCGGGACAGCAUCCGGACGCUCUGUGACAACCUGAGGCGGGAGCGGGACCGGGCGGUGAGCGAACUGGCUGAGGCCCUGCGCAGCCUGGAUGACACUCGCAAACAGAAGAACGACGUCAGCCGGGAGCUGAAGGAGCUCAAGGAGCAGAUGGAAUCCCAGUUGGAAAAGGAGGCCCGGUUCCGGCAGCUGAUGGCCCAUAGCUCCCACGACUCGGCCAUUGACACAGACUCCAUGGAGUGGGAAACAGAAGUCGUGGAGUUUGAAAGGGAGACGGAGGAUAUUGACUUGAAGGCACUUGGUUUCGAUAUGGCAGAGGGUGUGAAUGAGCCUUGUUUGCCGGGGGACUGUGGCAUAUUUGUCACUAAAGUGGACAAAGGAAGCAUCGCUGAUGGCCGCUUACGGGUCAAUGACUGGCUGUUGAGAAUCAACGACGUGGACCUCAUCAAUAAGGACAAGAAGCAGGCCAUGAAGGCGCUCCUCAAUGGGGAGGGGGCCAUCAACAUGGUCGUGCGUCGGAGGAAGUCCCUGGGCGGGAAGGUGGUCACACCGCUGCACAUCAACCUGAGCGGGCAUAAAGACAGCGGCAUCAGCCUGGAGAAUGGAGUGUAUGCUGCCGCCGUGGUGCCCGGAAGCCCGGCUGCCAAAGAGGGGUCCCUCGCCGUGGGAGACAGGAUUGUGGCUAUCAAUGGCAUUGCACUGGACAACAAGUCUCUGAAUGAGUGUGAAUCGCUGCUGCGGAGCUGCCAGGACUCCCUGACCCUCUCCCUCCUGAAGGUGUUCCCUCAGAGCGCGUCGUGGAGCGGCCAGAACAUCUUUGAAAACAUCAAGGACUCUGAUAAGAUGCUGAGCUUCCGAGCCCAUGGCCCGGAGGUCCAGGCUCAGAAUAAACGGAAUUUGAUGCAGCACAACAACUCCACGCAGACGGACAUCUUCUACGCCGACAGGCUGGAGGACAGGAAGGAGUCUGGCCCCCCAGGAGGCAGCAGCUCCUUCCUGCACAAGCCGUUCCCCGGGGGAACCUUCCCCGUCUCCCCCCAGGCCUGUCCCAGCGCCUCCGAGCGUAGCCUGAGCCCCUUCCGCUCGGACGCCUCGGGGGAGCGUGGCUCUGGGCCGGUGGACGUGCGUAGCCGGCGGCCACUGCUGCCCUUUGAGACUGAGGUGGGCCCCUGUGGGGAGGCAGAGGCCCGCCUGGACAAGGCAGAGCCCGAGAAUGCCAACAGCGGCGGGACCUGGCCCAAGGCUGUGCUCAGCUCCACGGCAGGACCCGAGAAGCUCUCCGUUUACAAGAAGCCAAAGCAAAGAAAGUCUAUCUUUGACCCAAACACUUUCAAACGCCCCCAGACGCCCCCCAAAAUAGACUACCUGCUCCCAGGCCCUGGGCCUGCUUACUCCCCCCUGCCCUCCAAGAGGGUGGGACCUCUGACGCCCCCAAAACCUCCCAGGAGGGGUGACUCCAUUAAGUUCCAGCACAAACUGGAAACCAGUUCUGAGUCAGAGGCCACUCUAGUGGGCAGCUCCCCAUCCACCAGCCCCCCGAGCGCCCUGCCCCCCGACAUGGACCCCGGGGAGCCCAUGCACGCCUCGCCCCCUCGCAAGGCCAGGGUCCGCAUUGCUUCCAGCUACUACCCUGAAGGGGACGGGGACUCCUCCUACCUGCCGGCCAAGAAGUCCUGUGACGAGGACCUCACCUCCCAGAAGAUGGACGAGCUGGGGCAGAAGCGCCGCCGGCCAAAGUCUGCUCCCAGCUUUCGGCCCAAGCUCGCUCCAGUAGUGAUCUCUGCUCAGUUCCUGGAGGAGCAGAAGAGCGUCCCGGCCGGUGGAGAGCUCUCCCCAGAUCUCCAGGAGUGGUCCCCUUACUCGCCAGGGCAUUCCAGCCGGCACAGCAACCCCCCCUUCUACCCCAGCAGGGCGUCUGUGGGUGGAGCAGGGCCAGAAGCUUGCAUAGAUCUGGGGCUGGCUGGAUGCUUUGGGGCCACUGUCUCACCCUGCCCAUUUGCAGGCACUGUUCCCCGCAGUAUGACCCCGAGCACCACUGUGAGCUCCGUCCUGAGGAACCCCAUCUACACCGUGCGCAGCCACAGGGUCGGCCCUUGCAGCUCUCCGCCUGUCCCCAGAGAGGCUGGCCCCCAGGGUUUGCAUCCCAGUGUCCAGCACCAGGGCCGCCUGAGCCUGGAUCUGAGCCCCAGGGCCUGCAGCGACUGCUCUGAGAUGAGAGCCUCCCACGGGUGCAACUCCCUGCCCUCCAGCGCCCGCCUCGGGUCUUCGAGCAACUUGCAGUUUAAGGCAGAACGCAUUAAAAUCCCAUCAACGCCAAGAUAUCCGCGGUCUGUCGUGGGCUCUGACAGAGGCUCGCUGUCCCACUCGGAGUGCAGCACUCCCCCGCAGUCUCCUCUGAAUGUCGAAGGCCUGUCCUCCUGUAGCCCAUCCCAGACCUCAGCCGCCACAUUGCCCAGGAUUGCCGUCAACCCCGCGGCCCUCGGGGAGCGCAGAAAGGACAGGCCCUACGUGGAGGAGCCACGCCAUGUGAAGCUACAGAAGGGCUCGGAGCCUCUGGGCAUCUCCAUCGUGAGCGGGGAGAAGGGCGGUGUCUACGUCUCGAAGGUGACCGGGGGGAGCAUCGCUCACCAGGCCGGCCUUGAGUACGGGGACCAGUUACUUGAGUUCAAUGGCAUAAACCUGCGGAGCGCCACGGAGCAGCAGGCCCGGCUCAUCAUCGGGCAGCAGUGCGACACCAUCACCAUCCUGGCCCAGUACAACCCACACAUGCACCAGCUGAGCGGCCACUCCCGGUCCAGCUCCCACCUGGACCCUGUCAGUCCCCACUCCACUCUCCAGGGCAGCAGUGCCACCACCCCGGAGCAUCCCUCUGUCAUUGACCCACUGAUGGAGCAGGACGAGGGCCCUGGCACACCCCCGGCCAAGCAGAGCACCCCCGGCUCCAGGAUGGUGGGAGAUGCCACCAAGAAGACCCCAGAACCACGAGUUGUUUUCAUCAAGAAGUCCCAGCUGGAGCUUGGCGUGCACUUAUGUGGUGGGAACCUGCAUGGGGUGUUCGUGGCCGAGGUGGAGGACGACAGUCCUGCCAAGGGCCCCGACGGCCUCGUGCCUGGGGACCUCGUCCUUGAGUACGGUAGUCUGGACGUGCGCAACAAGACGGUGGAGGAGGUCUAUGUGGAGAUGCUGAAGCCCAAGGACAGUGUCCGCCUGAAGGUGCAGUACCGCCCUGAGGAGUUCACCAAGGUCAAGGGCCUGCCUGGCGACAGCUUCUAUAUCAGGGCCCUCUAUGAGCGGCUGGCAGAGGUGGAGCAUGAGCUGAGCUUUAAGAAAGAUGACAUCCUCUACGUGGAUGACACCUUGCCCCAGGGCUCAUUUGGGUCCUGGAUGGCCUGGCAGCUGGAUGAGAAUGCCCAGAAGAUCCAGCGCGGGCAGAUCCCCAGCAAAUACGUGAUGGACCAAGAAUUCUCCCGGAGGCUCAGCAUGUCUGAAGUCAAGGAUGACAACACCACCGCAAAGACGCUCUCGGCGGCUGCACGCAGGUCCUUCUUUCGAAGGAAACAUAAGCAUAAACGCAGCGGGUCCAAAGAUGGGAGAGACCUCCUUGCCUUGGACACCUUUUCCAACGACUCCAUUCCACUCUUUGAAGAUUCGGUGAGCCUUGCCUAUCAGCGGGUCCAGAAGGUGGACUGCACCUCCCUGAGGCCCGUCUUGAUCCUGGGGCCUUUACUGGAUGUGGUGAAGGAAAUGCUCGUGAACGAGGUGCCCGGCAAGUUCUGCAGAUGCCCCCUUGAGGUGAUGAAGGCCUCCCAGCAGGCCAUCGAGCGGGGCGUCAAAGACUGCCUGUUUGUCGACUAUAAGCGGAGGAGUGGCCACUUUGACGUGACCACAGUGGCUUCCAUAAAGGAGAUCACAGAAAAGAACCGGCACUGUCUCCUGGACGUCGCCCCCCACGCCAUUGAGCGGCUGCACCACAUGCACAUCUACCCCAUCGUCAUCUUCAUCCACUACAAGAGCGCCAAACACAUCAAGGAGCAGAGAGACCCCAUCUACCUGAAGGACAAGGUGACUCAGAGGCAUUCCAAAGAGCAGUUUGAGACGGCUCAGAAGAUUGAGCAGGAGUACAGCAGGUUCUUCACAGGGGUCGUCCAGGGAGGAGCCCUGUCGAGCAUUUGCGCUCAGAUCUUGGCAAUGGUCAAUCAAGAGCAGAAUAAAGUCCUGUGGAUCCCAGCCAGCCCUCUCUAGGACUCGGUGCUGGGGACGGCUGCAGCUUGGCCGCCGGCGUGACUGCCGGGCUCAGCUCUCUGUAGCGACUAAAGAUAGACGCCUCUGUAUAUAAACGCGAAGGGGAAGGAUCCAUGAAGCAGGACUCCAGAAGCACCUCCUUUGUAGACAGAGGGCCGCAGACUCUAUUCCUCUCACUCGUGCGCCGUAAGACAGAAGACUCUGUAGAGGGGCUCGACACCAACCUUUCUCGUAGCCAGCUCAUCAGAGAUGCUGCAAAGAGAACCUUUCAGAUCACAAGUUUACAAGCCUUUUCUAAGUAUUCGGUUGUUUAUGUUUACUUGAACGGCUCCAUGUUGUCGCUGCCCAGCCCCUGCCCUUUUCCUCACUGUCGCUUUGGUGUUGGUUUUGUGCCUGUUUUCAGCGAGACGACUCUGGAGCCUCGCUGGGGGCCGCUUUGCUUUGGGAGGUUCUUGUCAGUGGGACCAGAGCUUUGACAAACUUCAUGCUCCUUGGUGGUACCUCUCCUGGAAGGACCUGCGAGUGCGGAUGCUUCGACCGUGACCGUCGGCGGGCGCGGAACCAGUGCCUUUGUGGGGCAGACUCUCCGGCGGCAGCGUAUUCCCCUCCUGCACAGAGGAGGGCGACUUGCCCGUCUCGCGGACGCGCCCCUCAGACUUCGUCUCCGGCCCUCUGCGUCCUCUUCUCGUCCACCUGCAUCCAUGAUUCCAGCGUUCUCUCUGGCCCUCGGAGCUUCACGGGUUCACUGUGACACAGCCGGUUCCAGGCAGGGUGUUAGGCUGGGGCUGAUGCAUGCCACUGGGUCCUCUUUAGGUUCUGUGAACAGUGACAGCCUUUACCAGUGCAGAUUUUGCAGGGUAAUUCCUAAGCGCUCUAGAGUGGGGCGGGCACAUCAGCUCUACUUGAUAUAAAAACAUUCGUGUUUCAGACUUUGAGCAGAGAACCCUUACGGAAGCUUAAGGAUUAGUGCAGUCACUGUCAAAACUCAAAGAGAAACCGGGAUCUAUCUAGUUUUGGCUCCAGCGCUUACAGCAUGAGCAGUGCUCCACGGGGAUGGCUUUGUUUGGGGUUUGUGUGUGUUUUUUCUUUUUUUUUUUCUACCGCUUCUGACGCUGGAUGUUUCUGGCUGAAGGUUUGAUCUGGUUCCUCAAACUGUGCGUCCUCUUAAUAAUAGGUACUGUACGGGGCUCCGGGUAAGUGUCACUGGGGUAGGACCUCUAUUUUAAUACUGUUCCUAACAUUUCAUUUUACUAGCAAGAAAUCGCUGAUUUCAUUUUAUUCUUUGUAAUUCUAGACACUAGAUUAUAGUUUAGCCAUAGUGACAUUUUUUUAAAAAAGGGAUAUAUUUUCUUGCACAGUUGUUCGAAAAGAGACACGUUUCAGUCCUCAGUGCUGCCCUUCGUUUCACAGGUACACGCGUUCUGGCUCAGACAACUGGGACCCCCUGCAGGCUGUCGAGGGGUCUCACUGGCGCCCUGCGGGGCUGCUGCUCUGGGCGGCGGGGGUGGGACGGUGAUGGUACAGUGUGCACAGGUACUGUUCGGACAGACUGGGAUUUUCUGUACUAAAACCUUCCUUUGUAUCGAAAGUUAAACAGACUUUAGUACAAUAAAUAAAGGUCAAUUUCUGUAACUUGU